UUCCCCGCCGCUGCAAUCGAUCAUCAUCAGUGUGAAAGGUGACCCGGGACCAGAUGGAGUUCUACCUGGACCUGCGCUCCCAGCCCUGCAGGUCUUUGUACCUGUUCGCUAAAGCCGCCAACAUCCCCUUUACCUUUAAAGUCGUCGACCUGGCGCAAGGGGAGCAGUUCAGCGAAGACUUUGGCAAGCUCAGCCCAAUCCGGAAAGUUCCAGUCCUGAAGGAUGGCGACUUUGUCCUAACUGAGAGCGUGGCCAUCCUGCAGUACCUGGUCCAGAAGCACGCCUCCUCUCUGCCGGACCACUGGUACCCGGUGGACCUGCGCCGGCGAGCGCGGGUCAACGAGUAUCUGUCGUGGCAGCAGUUGAACCUGCGAGCGCACGGGUCCAAGGUCUUCCUGCUCAGGACCUUUUACCCGGUGGUCAUGGGACACGAGGUGCCCAAGGACAAGAUGGACAACGCCGUCGCCGAUCUCAACGAGUCCCUGGACAUGCUGGAGAAGAAGUUCCUCCAGGACCGAGCCUUCAUCGCCGGCCAGCAGAUUUCUGUGGCCGACAUCGUGGCGUACGCGGAAAUCCUGCAGCCCGUGGGCAGCGGCCUGGACGUGUUUGCGGGCCGUCCCAAGCUGGUGGCGUGGCGGGAAGGCUUGAAGGCGGAGUUUGGAGCGGAGCUGCUGGACGAAGUGGACCAGGCCAUCAUGGCGACGGGAAGUCUGCCGCGGACGCUGCAGCAGAGCAAAGGCAUGGAAAUGCUCCGACCCAAGUUCUCCAAGAUGUUCUCCUGAGGGGCGUGGCCACACGUCACAUGACCAUAAUUAAUGAAAGGUCAUGUGACCUCUGCACACAACUAUGGUCUAAGAAAUAAAAGUGAGACAAAAAUUG